AUGACUGACCAUGCUAAUGACAACAUUGUUGACGAUCUUGUAGCCAAAGGACAUAUCCCUCUCCAGAAUAGUGGUGGUGUUCUGACAGAAGAAACUGGUUCCGGUACGGGAGAGAAGACUUUGGCAGCCGGAAAUGCUAGCAAUUGCAAGUCUGUUGAGAACCUGGACAGUACUGGUACAGGUGCAAAGACACUGAAGUCGAGCCUUGCCAUCGGAGUUGAAAUCCCACCGCAACAAGCUCCCGAAGAACCCAAUGGCAUUCCUGGGGCAUACGCUCUGUGCGGGGUAAUGGAUGAGCGCACCGAGCAAGCAACAGACCUUGACCUCAGUCAUGGUGUAGUGCCCACAGUGCCCAACAACACCGAAAUCCCGAGUGCGACCCCAGUGGAGGAUCUGGAGAGGGCUGAGGAGGUUGUUGGACAUAGAAUUAUGCCAACCAGGGGUUCUGACAAAAUAGAAUUUCCAUGGGCAUUGGGGUGCUGGCUGGUCCUUGUUGUGAUUGCAAUUGUUAUCCCAACUGUCCUAUUGCGAGAACCUGCAGAUGGCAGUGUUGCCCAAGCAACGUCAUCAUCGCCAUCUUUUGCCCCCUCACCAUCUCCAACAAUUGAUUUUAUCCUUGACCUACCAAUGCACACAAAAGAAGCCAUACUGGAUGAUCCUGAAUCGUCACAGUUCCAGGCCUACCAGUGGCUUCAGAAUGAUCCAAACAGGAAGAACUACACCCAAGGCAAGCUGAUGCAACGUUUUGUCCUUGCCACAUUAUAUUAUGCUACAAACGGGAGGAUGGAGGUGGGGGGGAGGGGGGCAUAG